GGGGCUAGAUGUGGACGGCAGUGUAAGUGGAUGAGCCCCCCCCCCCACGCGUGGAUUAAAAAAGGACAGCCUUCCGACGCUUCCACUGGCUGACGCGUGGGCCCGGUGUCGGUGCCCGCUAUUAAUAUGACUGUGUUCGGUCAUUGGCCAGCCGACAUGCGGGGGGCCGCAGCGGACACCGUGGGGACGCACGGCGCGUCCGCUUCGUGUCCGCGCCAACGCCUUUCAGGCCCAAAUUUGAGCCUGAAAUGGGUUGGCGUGGACAUGAAGCGGGCACGUUUUGGGUUUGGGUCGGCGCGUUGGGCCGGCGUUUUGAUCUGCGACGACUCAAACGGACACUGGCAGACGAAAUGGGUUGCCCGGUUAGAGUUGCUCAAGUGUCCACCUUUGUGAAGAUUUGAAAACUGUCGUUCAACAAGCAAAUGGGUCAAAAUUGCUCAAUCUGAACAACAUCCACUUUCUUGGGGAGAAGCAUGAUAUCGCCCCCCCCCCCUGCCAGCAUCGUGUCGUCAACACAUCGGUUUCCUCGCUGGAGAGUUGAGGUAUAUCUUCAGUGGCAUUUUCACCCAGGGAUGGAAAAUUGAAUUACGGAGAGCCAAAAGGACGCUUAUAAUAAUUAGCUGUAUAAGCUUUCAGAUGAUCCUGACCCACAGUGGUUCUCUCAUCUUGUUCAAGCUGGAACAUACAUUCUCUUUUUCCAAUAUUUUUCAUUUGCAAUCAAAUGGAAGAACUUCGUAUUGCUAUCACUCUCACGGACAAGUCUUACUUUUGCCCGCCGAGCCCAAUUAAAUUCUUCCUCUCACUUAGCCUCAAUAUCUGUUGCAGAGAGGGGAAUCGAUUCUGCCUUAAUGUCCAAAGCAUUAACAAUUGCGAGAAGACGAUCUUUUUCUUUCUUGUACUCACCGCUAAUACACUUAUCCCAACCCCCAAGGAAUCGUCUAAGGUGCCGGAUUUUAAAUUGCCACUUCCCAAUGUGUCUUCUUUGACCAUUCAUGACCUACAGUAGCUGUCGUAGUCAAAAAACUGCUAGUGAUUACAUGGGUACUAAUGACCGAACCGAAGCCCAAACUGUUGUGUGGGUAGGGUCAGGUCCGGAUGAACUUGUGAACAUAUCUCACAACGAUUGUAAUGGUCCAGGCUGAGUAAUACAAACUACUUUAAAGGGCAGCCCGAUGCAUGUAGUUUCCGCUUGCAGGGUCUGGGAAAGGGUCCGACCACUUUGGAUGUAUACGCGGCAUUCCCUACAUUUCUGCAAGAGUCUGUUUUCAGGAUUCAAACCCGUGACCUCAUGGUCACAAGGCUCCCCUUCUAAUACAAACUACUUUCUUGCAAAUAAAAAAAAACAUGACAUUUGCUAGUAAUAAGCAGAUGUACACUUUGUUAUUAAGACCUAAACAAAUACGGUGUUGCGGGUAACACAAAGAUUGGCCUAUCUUCAACACGCCAUAUUCUAAAAAAAAAUCACACAUCAUUUUCUCAGAUGUUGCUUCCAUGCACAUACUGUGCUUUCAUGUCUAUUUUACCCUCGACCAUUCUACGGCUAGUGAGGCAAGUAGGAGAGACUUAACAUUUGCCUACAUUCUGAUCUGAAACCUUUCUUGGAUGUUUACGUUGCUCCAGUAAACAUCUGCAGCAGAAAUCAGGAAGAAAUAGGAAGCGCCAAGUUGGCUUAUAGCCAUUCUUAUCUUCGAUAAAUUAGUCUUAGAAAGCGCUAAAAUUAGUAAAAUUGGUUUUGAUGCGCACGUAGUCACUAUGCUAACCACAGAAGCCACAAGUCAAAUAUAGCUGACGAACUUCAAACCUUUCAGGGACUGACCCAAAAAAAGGAACAUGCAUGCCAUGGUUCCCUGACGCUACCCAAAAAGUGUGUGGCUUCCCUUCUGCUCGCACCCCGCCCAUCCAACCCUUUGCUCCAUUUCGUGUCAUGCUUCCUCAUGCUUUGCUUUCCCCUUUGCCCCAUUCUUCCUCCUUCAAGCAUUUUCCCCUUCUCCUUGCAUUUACUUUCUUGCCAAAUUUAGGACAGCCCCCACCAGUUCCUCCUCCAUCUGAUGCAUCAUUCUAUCCUGUGUGUUCCCAAUGGAGUUGUCAGGGUAGGGUAAGGUGUCCAUUUGCACGGGGAAGAGGGAGGAGCGAAUCCUUGUUGCUCGAUCUCUCUUUCCCGUAUUCCUCGACUUCAUUCUUCAUUAUCAUUGCGGCUACUUCAUCUGAAAGGAGGAGCAAAAGAUCCUUUUGUUGAUCCAGGAAGAAAAGAAAAAGGUGGCGCAAGAACAGCUUGCUUGUGUAAUUCAAAUGCCUCUUCCUUGAUUUGGGGAAAAGGGAAGGCUUGCAAAUUCUGAAGCAUGGAGGAGAUGCCAAGCGAGAAGAAACAAAGUGAAUCUGGAUCAAUUAAUUGCGCACCUAGUUCAAGCAGCAGCCAGGGCAUUCCCAAUUCACUGGUGAAUAAAGAUGAAGACCUCGCUAUUGGGGUGGUAACAGAGUUAAAGAAGGAGGGGACGCCCAUUGAACAGAAGGAGGAAAGGGCGUCAACGGCUAUCGACUUGAAGGAGGAGGGUACAGCCACCCAACUGAAGGAGGAAGGGGCUUCCAAGGAGGAUGAGGCAGCUGUUGACUCCAAGGAAGAGGGGGCGAAAACCGAAUUGGAGGAAAAGAUGAUGUUAUCCCAGAAGAGAGACUAUGAGAAGGCUAUCGAACUUAAGGGAGAGGGGACAAAGCUAUUCCAGAGGCGGGAUUAUGAGGGGGCGGCCCUUGAGUUUGAUAAGGCAAUAAAGCUCUUGCCAAAGGGGCACGAUGAUAUCGCCUUCCUCCACUGCAAUAUUGCUGCAUGUUACAUGCAUAUGAAACCUGAGAGUUAUGAACGAGCGGUUGACGAGUGCAACGCAGCACUGGAAGCAUCGCCGAAGUAUACAAAUGCAUUGCUGAAAAGGGCACGAUGCUUUGAAGCAUUGGAUAGGCUGGAUCUGGCUUGUGAGGAUGUGCAGAAGGUGCUGAACUUGGAACCAAACAAUGUCACUGCAUUGGAGCUCUACGAGAGCCUUAGGGAGGAGAUGGAGACAGAAAAUUUGUUGGAGAAUCAGGUUGUGUCACCGGUAGAGCCUAAGGCCGGUUUUUCAAAAGAGAAGAUCCAGAGGAAAGUAUCUCGCAGAUUUAGAAACAAUUCCAUAGUUGAGGAGGUGUGGUUGAUUCACGAUGAUGAUGAGCAAGAGAAUGAUGAAGAUGGCAACGAAGAAGAGUGCAGUGAAGAAAACCACAUGGAGAAUGAUUUAAGCAAUGAAGGAAAUGAUACCCGGGAGAUGCCAUCGAGGCAUAAUCAUGACGAGGAUAAAUGGAACACGGAACAGAACCAGGUGAAGCAUGGUCAGCACAAACUAGGAGCAGAUGAUGAAGGCCAACGACCGCAGCAUGCUCCGCGGGAUGUGGAACAAAUGCACCACAAAGAAACAGAGAGUCAAAAUAAGCAUGAAAAGCCCCUCAAAGAGAUAAAGGUGAGAAGUGGUCAGGAUCAGCAGGUAAUGCAUACAAAGCAGAAUCAAGUCGCCGAUAUGGAUGUGCGUCAAAAGCAAAUUGAGGAUGUACCAACCACUAGUCGUAGCAACCAAGAAAUUCACACUGAAAUGUAUGAAAGGUUUAUCAAUGGCAACCAAGCAAGACGCUCCUUACAGCGGCAUACUAGUCGUGGAGGGGACAAGCAGGAAAAGCAAACUUCAGUUAAAGUGGCAAGUCCUGGGGGAGAUGAGCACCAAAAACAGAAGCGCGCAUAUCCUACCGAUGGAGAAACAAAGACUGUAAAGUUUGUUAUGGGAGAUGACAUAAGGAUUGCACUUGUUCCAGAAGACUGUAGUCUACGGCAAGCGAUAAACGUAGCUCGGUGUAAGUACAGUCCCCACCUGAAGGCAAUGCUUCUUAAGUUUCAGGACAUAGAGGGUGACUUGGUGACCAUUACAUCAACUGAGGAACUAAGGUGGGUUGAGGAUCUGAAGCAAGGACCCGCUCGGCUGUACAUAAAAGAAGUAAGUCCUGAGCGCGAGAUCACCAAGGACAUCGUCAUGCCCAAUAUUUCUACGGCAACGCUGGAAAGAAAGCAUAGCAUCUCUGAGUGCGGAAGCGCUAGACACCCAGCAGAAGACAAGAGCUCAUCAUAUGCUGAUGACUGGAUGGUGCAGUUCGCUCGUUUAUUCAAGAACCAUGUUGGUUUUGAUUCUGAUGCAUUAGUGGAUCUCCGUGACCUCGGUACGCGGCUCUGCAUUGAGGCAAUGGAAGACACCAUCACAAGCGAAGAAGCCCAGGAGAUAUUUCAUGCCGCAGAGGCAAAAUUUCAGGAAAUGGCAGCUUUAGCAUUGUUUAACUGGGGCAACAUACACAUGUCUCGCGCAAAGAAACGACUAUUUUUAUCAGAGGAUGCUUCAAAGGACUCUGUACUUUCCCAGGUCAAAACCGCAUAUGAACUGGCAUGCGCUGAAUACGCCAAAGCUGGAAAGAAGUUUGAAGAUACUGUGGAUGUAAAGCCAGACUUUUAUGAAGGCCUUAUUGCGCUUGGAAAUCAACAGUUUGAGCAAGCAAAACUUUCUUGGCGUUAUGCAGAUGCUUGUAAGGUAGACAUGCGAACUGAAGUACUAGAGCUAUUCAAUCGUGCUGAGGAUAAUAUGGAAAAAGGAAUGGAGAUGUGGGAGGGAAUAGAAUACUUGCGACUAAAAGGGUUAUCUAAAUCAAAAAAGGAGAAAAUCCUACUGGAUAAGUUGGGAUUGGAUGGGCACCAAAAAGAUAUAACAGCAGAUGAGGCGUUUGAGCAAGCUUCAAAUAUGCGAUCACAGCUAAACAUUUCAUGGGCCACCAUUCUUUAUGAGCGAUCAGUAGUAGAAUUCCAGUUAGGUCUUGCUAGCUGGGAGGAGAGUCUCACCGAAGCAAUUGAGAAAUUUAAGACCGGUGGAGCUUCGCUGGCAGAUAUCAGUGUAAUGAUAAAGAACCAUUGUGCGAAUGAGAAAACUCAAGAAGGAUUGAGCUUCAAGAUUGAUGAGAUAGUUCAAGCAUGGAACGAAAUGUACGAUGCUAAAAAGUUGGAAAAUGGUAGUUCUUCUUUCCGUCUUGAACCUUUAUUUCGAAGACAGCCUUCGAAGCUGCAUAAUGUACUAGAGCACAUAAAGUACACAUGAGCUUGUAUUUAACAUAGGACUUGAUGCUGUCGACAUGGAUACGAAUGUUGAUACUAAUUGAAAAAGGUAAUUUCAUUCUUUAAUGAGAUGUAUUAUUGAGGUUAUUCCAAGAUAUCUAUUUGAUGUAAUACACUAGUCCUAGAAAAGCAACCGCGGCAACUUUUUCACCAUGCGGAAUCAUUAAAUGUAAACCAUAAUAAUGACUGGAUAUAUAAAAAUUAAGAAUGUGAUACAAUAAAUCACAAUAUCCCUUAUGCAGUGACCAAAGCAAUAAUACCAUAAUGAUAUAACGAAAUGAAGUGUUGUGGGCACUGGGCCACAUUUCACUCUAAUACUCCAACCCUUUCCAAUCAAGCAUCUCCCCCUCUAGACUUCCUCGCUAAGCAGCAACGAUGCUGAAAGAAACUCGAUGGUCAUGCCGGGGACCCUGGAGAACCGUCUCUGAAGAGUUCUAGCGUCCACUAGCACUGGAGGUGGUGGCAUCUAGAUCAGGGCAUCGCCCCUGGGAUAGGAUGACAACAGUGGGUGGCCGAAAAGGCGCAACAUGUACAUCUCCUUUAGUCAUUAGAUCCAUUGAUGGUGACAGCAUGGCAAGGGCGGAGAUGCUUUGAGGAGGCCACUAGCUAGCUCAGUUUUUCAUUGUUCAGG